CACCCAUCCACCGCCGCACCCACAUCCACCCCAAUCGGCAAAUAAAUUCCUCUUCGUGCGAGAACAGUACCAGGCCUACUUGCCUCGUGACUUAUCCCUAGGGGCAUAGUCGCGAAGCACAAGAAGCAUCAGGGUACCAAAGAACAGAAAGGGAAUAGACGAGGGGAAAAAAAAAUACCAACAUGGGUAACAUUCUCUCCACCUUUUCCAGCGCCGCUGCGGCCGCUCAGGAGGAGAGGGCAGCCAUCCAGAAGAAGCUUGACGAGAGGGAUGAGAACAUCGCUACCCUCAAGAAGGAUAUAACCACCAAGGAGGAAGAGCUUGAGGAGGCCAAGAAAGAACUCACCAAGACCACGGAGGAAGCCGAGACCCUGCGAAAGAAGGUUGACGAGCUCGACGCACGAUGCGCGAAGCUGCAGGAGGAAAGUAAAGACCAGACCAGCAAGCUCCACACCGAGCUGAAGCAGGUCAGCGAUGAGCAGCGUCGUGCCCUCGAGGAGACCGCCUCCAUUCAUACCCAGGAGCUCGAGACCACCCGCAACGAGCUUACCGAACUCGAGGCAAAGCUGAGUGCCUUGCAGAAGUCCAAGAGCUCCCUGGACGAGGAGCUGUCCACUGUCAAGCAACAGCUCACCGAGGCUGUCAACCAACGAACAGCUCUCGAGGCCUCGCUCCAGGCUGAGUUGGCUUCCGUAAAGGAGGGCCUCGCUGCUUCGACUAGCAAGUACGAUGCUUUGCAGAGCGACCACAGCGCGCUGGAAGCCGAGCUAGCCUCCGCGAAAGCCCGUCACAGCGAACAAGAGGACGCCCUCGCCAAGUCCCGGGACCGGUACCUGGCCCUCGAGCAGGCCCGUGAUGAGCUCAAGAAGGCCUCCGACGAGUCUCUCGCUUCUACGAAGCAGAGCCUCGCCGAAGCCCAACAGAAGCACGACGAACUGCAGCAAGCCUACAACCGACUCACGGCAGAAUCCGGCGAGCAGGCGUCCGCUGCAGAGAAGGGUACGGCCGAGUGGCAGAAGAAGCACGAGACUCUGCAGGGAGACUACAACAGCCUCGCUGAAGAGGUGGCGGCGGUGAAGAAGGACGUUGCCGAAGGCGAGGAGAAGAAGAAGGCCCUCGAAGCCGACCUAGAACGCUCCCGCGCCGAGAUAGACAGCCUGCAAAAGAAUAUCGCCGCCUCGGAGGAGGCGCAGGCGAAGCUUCAGGCCGGCCACGCCGCCGAGCUCGAGGCCGCCAAACAAGAAGUCGCCCAAGUUCAGGCCAGCCUCAAGGCUGCCCAGGAUGCGCUCGAGUCUCUACAAAAGCAGCACGACGCCCAGACUGCCGAACUCGAGAAAGCCAAGCGAGAAGGCUCCGAGCUGCAGGACCAGUUGAACUCUGCUCAGCACGAACGUGAGCAAUUGCAGAAGCAGCAUACCGAGCAAGCAGCAGAGCUGCAGGCUAAGCUGGCCUCGGCUCAGAACGAGCGCGAGCAACUGGAGAAGCAACACAGCGAGCAAGCGUCGGAGCUGCAAGCUAAGCUGACGUCGGCUCAGAGCGAGCAGGAGCAAUUGAAAAAGCAGCACAGCGAGCAGGCAGCCGAGCUUGAAAAGGUGAAGCAAGAGGCAGCCGAGCUUCUAGCCAAGUUGGAGGCCGCCCAGGGGGAGCAGGAGCAGUUGCGAAAGCAGAAGGACGAGCAGACGACGGAAAUAUCCAGUCUUCAAAGCCAAGUCGAGGAGGCAAAGGCCAAGUUGGGCAAGGCGGAGGGCGACCUCAAGGAUGCUCAGGCGGACAAAUCCACGCUGGACAAGCAACUCGCCGAGCUCCAGUCCGGACGGGAGCAGGACCAGAAGGCCCAGGCCGACCUGAACACGAAGCUAGCGGAAGCCCAGGACGCCAUCGCCCGGCUCGAGGCCGAGAAGAAGACAGCCACGGAGAAGGCCGAGGCGCUCGAGAAGGCAGCCAAGCAGGUAAAGGAGACCGAUGCCCCCGCCCACGUUAACGGCGUCGCGGGGACCAACGGAACGGCCGAGCCUGUCGCGGCCUAGACUAGAUACCCAUCGCAUAAGCAGGCACGUGAUGGAUUGUCUCGCCAUCUCGAGUGACGGAAAUCCGGUGUCGUCUUCUUUAUUUUUUCUUCUUCUUCCUCUUGUUUCUUGUUACGGCAAGGCGAAACCCGGACAGAUGCGACACGCUCUCCCCCCUCCUCUCCUCCUCCGUGCUCGGCUAGAACGAUUACGAUGACGACAAAGACGACGAGCACCUGCCCCACCAGUUAUGACCGAAGGAAAGGAAGCCUUAAUAUUAAUGUCACAGCCGGUCCGCCGGUCACACCCCA